AUGGCCCAAUACUAUGGAGAGUCUCAAUGGCCUGGCGCCGGUCAAGCUGUUCCUCCUCCGCAAAGCACGUGGGAUCACCAGACGCCACCACCUCCACGAUCAUCAGGGGCUAACUCUGUGGUUCCGCGCGAAGACUCGGCAGCAUUCUCUCACCAAAUAGAGGAGGUGGAGCGAGCCAUAGACAAUCUGGUUAAGAGCGGGAAGAUGUUCCUUCCACCUGGCCGGCAUGGUCGGGUUGCCUCAGGACAUCACGGCCCACGUCACUCGAUGGAGUUCGCUGAGCCCCGAUCUGGCGGUCACUCUGGGCCAAACCUGCAGAAUUUCUACGCCGCUCAGCGACACCAGUCUUCGCGAGGAUCCAACGAGGCGGAGCAGAUGAUGCAGGUCAAGCGGAGGAUGGCGGCUCAACGGGAGCGAGACCUUCGCAACUAUCAUCAGGAGCAGCAAUACAACCGAAAUACCGUCGUUGACAUGUCCUACAAUGGCAAAUCUGAUCGUGCUCUUAGCCCCGGUAGCUUGUCAGAAGACGAACGUCGUGAUUUGAUCCAGCGUCAGCGUAACGCUCUGUAUGGUGAUGGUCAAUAUGACGACGCAACUGCUAGUCGAGGUGGUGCUCCUGGUUUAUCCACCACUUCCUCUCAGCGUGGCCCAUCGCCGCUUGCUUUCGAUUACGGACGUCCAGCCCCUACCGGCGCCGAAGGUGUAUCCCAACCUGGCGACUCUCAAGCUCUAUCACGGGCCAAUAGUAACGCCAGCCCUCAGUCCAACCCACCGAAUAAUAUUGGGGCUAUCCGUACAAGCAGUUCGUCACCAACUGGUGGGUCUCCGCCUCGAGCUGGUUCGACAUCCAGGCCAGGCCAAACGGGCAGCGUGGUAGCCCCUAUUGGAACUAGACCUUCCGUCAGUUCGCAGGCAACUAACCCUGCCCUGACCAAAUCAUCUACUACCCCUCUUCCCUCGCCUCUAAGCCAUGGUGUAUCUGCGUCGGGGAAUGGCGAUGAAAACAAUCACACUCCGACAUCAGGCGCCUCCGCAAAUCCAGCUAGCGCUUCAGCAGAUGGCUACAAUGGAUGGGGUAACCGCUCUGGGGUAUGGGGAAAUAAAUCCAGUCUUGGUGUCCAAGCGAGCGUUUGGGGAUAA